AUGUCCGAGUCAAUUGCUAGUUACGUAUUGCUAUCUUUACCUUCUAAAGCAGCACCAGAAUCAGCUCCAACUACUGAUAUUAAUGAAUGGUUAGAACAAAAUUUAUUAAAUGGUAAAUCACAAAUUAAUAAAUUUCAAAUUCCAAGUUUUAAAAUUGGUACUUUAGAUCAAUUAGUUUUACAAAGUGAAGAAUUAAGUAAAAUAGAUGAACAAUUGGCUGGUUCCGUUGUUAAAAUUGUGGAAGUUUUAAGUUCUUUAUAUGAUUAUAAUUAUCCUUUAAUAAAUUCAAUUAAAAAAGUUGAUGAUAAAUUUGUUACAGAUUUUGCAGAACAUUUCCAAUGGAAGAAUGCCAAAUUUAAAUUAACUGAUCCUUUGAGUAAAUUAAUUGAUUUAAUUUCAAAUGAAGCAUUUCAAUUAGAUACAGAUGUUAGAAAUGCUUUUACAAAUUAUAAUACAGCUAAAUCAAAUUUAACUGCAGCUGAAAGAAAACAAAGUGGUGAUUUAUCAGUUAAAUCAUUACAUGAUGUUGUUAAAGCUUCUGAUUUUGUUCUUGGAUCAGAUCAUUUACAAACUGUUUUAGUUGCAGUUCCAAAAAAUUUACAAAAAGAAUUUUUAAAUACUUAUGAAUCUUUAGUACAAUUUGUUGUUCCAAGAAGUGCUAAAAUAAUAACUGAUGAUAAAGAAUAUUAUUUAUAUGGUGUAACAUUAUUUAAAAAAUAUGUACAAGAAUUUUUACAUGCUUUAAGAGAAAGAAAAUAUGUUCCAAGAGAUUUUGUUUAUUCUGAAGAAUUAUUACAAGAAUUAAAAGAAGAACAUGAUAUUGCAGCUAAAAAUGAAAAUCGUUUGAAAAAUGAUUUAAUUAGACUUUCAAGAGCCGCUUAUUCAGAUAUAACUUCAAAUUGGUUUCAUUUAAAAGCUAUUAGAAUUUUCGUUGAAAGUGUUUUAAGAUAUGGAUUACCACCAGAUUUUAAUUCAACAAUUAUUAAAUUACCAACUUCAAAAUCUUUAGAAAAGGCUAAACAAGAAUUAUUUCAAGAAUUUGGUUAUUUAGGUGGUAAUGCCUUUUCUGUUGAUAAAAAGGGUAAAGUUAAAAAGGAUUCUUCAUUAAAUGAAUAUGCAUCAUUAGUUGAUACAGAAUAUGAACCAUUUGUUAUCUAUCCAGUGGAAAUUAAAUGA